ACCACACUGCAGGACCCGCGUGGGUCCCAGCCCCAUCCCCAGCCCAGCACCGGGGGUGCUGGGUGCCAAGGGUGGGCAGCACCGAGCGGCCUCACACCUCUGGGGUGAAAUUUGUCACCCCGCGUUCACAGCCGCGUCCCUCGGCCCCCUGGCCCCCCGGUCCCCCGGCCUUUGAAGUGCUGCAGCCACGAAGGUGCCACUUCACACCUCUGGCCCGGCAUAAAGCCGGGGCAGCCGGGAGCCACCGGCACACAGCUCCCGGCCCCGCCAUGGCCCACUCCGCAGCGCCCGGCCACACGCUGCCCGCUACGGCCCCACUGCAGGACUGGGGCUGCCGCGGACCCCCGGACACCCUGGGCUACAGCAGCAGCUCGCCCGCAGCAUCGCCCGACUCCUGCGGCCUCGCGUCCCCCGCCGCCGGCCGGGGACCCUGCCGUGGGCACGCCGCCCCCCGCCCGCGGGGCAGGAAGGGGGCUCGGGGCGGCGGGGGGCCGGGGGCCCCGCGGCAGAGCGCCAGCGAGCGGGAGAAGCUGCGGAUGCGGCGGCUGGCGCAGGCCCUGCUGCGGCUGCGGCACUACCUGCCGCCCGCGCUGGCACCCGCCGGGCAGACCCUCACCAAGAUCGAGACCCUGCGCCUCGCCACCCGCUACAUCGCCCACCUCUCCACCCUGCUGGGACUUGGUCGGGGGGCGCCGGCCCCCCGACACUGCCCCCUCUGCCCCCGAGGCCUGGGGUGCUGCCAGGACACGGACCCCCGUGAUGCUUCAUCCCCCGGCACUGUGGGCUGGGGGUCCCCUCCCAUGGCGGGCCCCCCGACGGAGCCCUGGGGGUCGCCCCCAUUUGGCUCUGCUGUGGGGACUCCCCCAGAGGUGUUUGGGGGUCCAGAUACAGGAUUAGAGACCUGGGAGUCACCCUCCUAUAUUCCUAUGACAGGGACCCUCCCAGAGGUAUUUGAGGGUCCCAGCAUAGGGAUGGAGACCUGGGGGUCUCCUCCCUACACCCCAGCAACAGGGACUCCCCCAGAGGUGCUCGGGGUCUCUUACAUCGCGAUGGAUACCUGGGGGUCGCCCCCCUACAUCCCUGCAGUGGAGACCUCCCUGGAGUUGCAUGGGGCUGUUGCCUCCAUCGAGUCCCCCUGGCUGACCCCUCCCCACCGCGCAGGGGCUGGGGCCCCCCCGGAUCUACCUGGUGAUCCACUCCUGGACUCAGGGCUGGUGCUGCCGGAGUUCAUGGGCGCAGGGACAGUCACCCAGGACCUCUCCGCAGACCUGCUCUCGCUGCUGGAGGCUCUGCUCCCACCACAGCCCCGACACUGACCUGGACGCACCCUGAGGGUGGAGCACCUGCUGCCCCACAACGCCUGUCCAGACACUGGCAGCUUGGAGGACGUGUGAUCUCUCGGACAGCUGCGGGGACGAACUGCCCGCGCUGGAGCCAGAGCUGUGCUGGACACGCUGGGCAGCCACGGCUGGAUGUGAAUAAAUCUUUGUGCCCUA